AUGGAGGCGACGAGGAUUCUGAUCAUUGGGCAGAAGGAUGCCAUGAGCCUUGGCGCAGGGCAUCGCAGGGUCGUAGUCUUGACACCGGAUGAGAACCCCACCGUACCGCCCAGUGCGGAUGUGGCUGCCAUUUGCGAAUCCCUGGGCUAUGAACACCGCGUGGCAAGAAGCAACAGCAUCCUGCUUGAGGCCGUACAAAGUUUGCGACCUCAGCUGCUGGCCUCCAUCCUUUGGCCUCGAAGGGUCCCAACUGAGGUUUUGGAUCUCUGCCCGGUGGCCAUCGAUUCCGCUCAGGAGGCCAUCAACUUCCACCCCUCGCUGCUGCCGAAGCAUCGGGGCUCGCUGACGCAGUUCUGGGCCAUCUUCGAGGCCGACGCGACAGCGGGCACCACCUGCCACCGUGCGCCCGUUCGGACCGGUGCUGGGGGUGGGGGGGACGAGACCGCCUUGUCAUUGAGCCACAAGAUUGCGAUCACCACGGAGAAGUGCUUCAGGCACAUCCUGGAUCUGUUCCUCCAAGAGCUCCAGCUGCCCGAGGGCGAGGCCUGGGACGUGACGAAGUUCCCCUACCGCUUUCGCAAGCUACACGCGGACGGUUUCAUCGACCCGACGUGGUCGCUGGCAGAAGUGGAUCGCUUCAUUCGGGCCUUUUACUUCCCGCCCUACUCCGCGGCGCGCUUGCGCCUGGAGGAUGGGGAUGGGGAUGGGGCAAUUCAUAAUGACGGCUCCAUCCACAGCGUGCUGAACCUGGAGCAUUUCCAGGCCCUGUGCAGCGGCCGGCCGUUUUUUGCGUCGCCACCGUUCUGGCAGAGGAAGCCCACGGGCGAGCAGCUGGGGCAGAUGAAACGAUACGUUCAAGCCAUGGCCUUGCUGAAACGUCACGAAGACGGGCAUCCUUUGAGGCAACUUUGGGAGCAAAAACUGCAGGAAGCGACGAAGUUUUGGAGCGAGAAGCCCCUGGGCACCGACGUGGCGGCCGAAGCUUGCUGCGUUUCGGCCGCGGCCAGCGGCGAUGACGCUUCAAGCGACCUGGAGACGCUGACGGCGCGGCUGGCGCGUGCCGUGGCGCGCUUCAGUGUGUCUCCAGCCUUCGAACCGCUCCUGCAACCCUUGGUGCAGCGCUGUGUGGAGCAGUUGGGGCCUGGGGAAGAUCCUUGGGAAGAGGCGAAGAGAGGCAGAGCUGGACUGUUGAGCCAGAAGAACGCCUUCGCCAACCCCGAGAGCUCCCCUCGCCCUACCGUCGGCGUUGCCGACGCCGAGAGCGGUGUCAAUGGAGUCCGAAAGACGCCACGGAUAGCGGGCGGAUGGCGACUGCUACUGGGACAAAAUGAUGAACUCAUGCGGCCACUGUGGUAA